AUGGGUCACCCAGCCCGAUAUCCAAAAUCACAAGAUUAUAUUAUUAUAACAAAAGCUAUAUUACGACCAUUAAAUAUUCCAUUAGAUAAUAAAGAUGCUUUGAUGUUUAUUGGUCGAUUAGAUGAUGAACAAGAUAUGUUCAAGCUUAAUCAGAUGUUAAAAGCUGAAUUUAAUAAACAACCAGUCGACAUGGGAGCAAUAACAUAUUCUUAG